CGGCAGCUCCCGCGUACACCAGCAGUGCCGUCCACUCGGCCGAGAUGCUCCGGGCCUGUCAGUUAUCGGGCCUGACCACGGCUGCCCAGAGUUGUCUCUGUGGGAAGUUUGUCCUCCGUCCAUUGCGACCAUGCCGCAGAUACUCCACUUCAGGCAGUUCUGGGUUGACUGCUGGGAAAAUCGCUGGAGCAGGCAUUUUGUUUGUUGGAGGAGGUGUCGGUGGCACUAUCCUAUAUGCCAAAUGGGAUUCCCAUUUCCGGGAAAGUGUAGAGAAAACCAUACCUUACUCAGACAAACUCUUUGAAAUGGUUCUUGGUUCUGCACCUUAUAAUAUUCCAUUGCCAAAGAAGCCGAUUCAGUCUGGUCCACUAAAAAUCUCUGAUUUAUCAGAGGUAAUGAAAGAAUCUAAACAGCCUGCCUCACAACUCCAAAAACAAAAGGGAGACACUCCAGCUUCUACAACAGGUGAUACACUGUCGGUCCCAGCCCCCGCGCGUUCGCAGGUCCCAGACCCCGCUGUUCAGCAUGAAGAAUCUGUAAAAACUGGUCACCCUGAAAUCGAAGGAAAACCCACACCUGCAACUUCAGAGGAAGCAUCCUCAUCUUCUGUAAGGGAGCGACCGCCCGAAGAAGUUGCAGCUCGCCUUGCACAACAGGAAAAACAAGAGCAAGUUGAGAUUGAGUCUCUAGCUAAAAGCUUAGAAGAUGCUCUGAGCCAAACCGCUAGCGUCACUCUGCAGGUGAUCGCAGCUCAGAAUGCUGCCGUCCAGGCUGUCAAUGCACACUCCAACAUCCUGAAGGCAGCCAUGGACAAUUCGGAGGUUACAGGUGAGAAGAAGUCUGCUCAGUGGCGCACCGUGGAGGGUGCAUUGAAGGAACGCAGAAAGGCAGUAGAUGAAGCUGCUGAUGCCCUUCUCAAAGCCAAAGAAGAGUUAGAGAAGAUGAAAAGUGUAAUAGAAAAUGCGAAGAAAAAAGAGCUUGCUGGGGCCAAACCUCAUAUAACUGCUGCAGAAGGGAAGCUUCACAACAUGAUAGUCGAUCUGGAUAAUGUGGUCAAGAAGGUGCAAGCAGCUCAGUCUGAAGCUAAGGUCGUAUCUCAGUAUCAUGAGCUGGUGGUCCAAGCCCGGGAUGACUUUAAGCGAGAACUGGACAGUAUCACUCCAGAAGUCCUGCCUGGGUGGAAAGGGAUGAGUAUUUCUGACCUAGCUGACAAACUCUCAACCGAUGACCUGAACUCCCUGAUUGCACACGCACAUCGUCGCAUCGAUCAGCUCAACAGAGAGCUGGCAGAACAGAAAGCCACGGAGAGGCAGCACAUCGCGUUAGCCUUGGAGAAGCAGAAGCUGGAAGAGAAGCGGGCAUUUGACUCCGCAGUGGCAAAAGCCUUAGAACAUCACAGAAGUGAAAUACAGGCUGAACAGGACAAAAAGGUAGAGGAAGUCCGAGAUGCCAUGGAGAAUGAAAUGAGAACUCAGCUGCGGCGACAGGCGGCUGCCCACACUGAUCACUUACGAGAUGUCCUCAGGGUACAGGAGCAGGAGCUGAAGUAUGAGUUUGAGCAGGACCUGUCUGAGAAACUCUCUGAGCAAGAGUUACAGUUUCGUCGUCUUAGUCAAGAGCAAGUAGACAACUUUACCCUGGAUAUAAACACUGCCUAUGCCAGACUGAGAGGGAUCGAGCAGGCUGUUCAGAGUCACGCAGUUGCUGAAGAGGAAGCCAGAAAGGCCCACCAGCUCUGGCUUUCUGUGGAGGCACUGAAGUACAGCAUGAAGACGUCAUCUGCAGAUACGCCUACCGUUCCGCUGGGUGGUGCAGUUGAGGCCAUCAGAGCGAGCUGUUCUGAUAACGAAUUUGCCCAGGCUUUAACUGCAGCCAUCCCUCCAGAGUCCCUGACCCGUGGGGUGUACAGUGAAGAGACCCUUAGAGUUCGUUUCUAUGCUGUCCAGAAACUGGCCCGAAGGGUAGCCAUGAUUGACGAAACCAGAAAUAGCCUGUACCAGUACUUCCUCUCCUACUUGCAGUCCCUGCUCCUAUUCCCGCCUCAGCAACUGAAGCCACCAGCGGAGCUCUGCCCUGAGGAUAUAAACACGUUUAAGUUACUGUCCUACGCCUCCUAUUGCAUUGAGCAUGGUGACCUGGAGCUGGCAGCCAAGUUUGUCAAUCAGCUGAAAGGGGAGUCCAGACGAGUGGCACAGGACUGGCUGAAGGAAGCUCACAUGACCCUAGAAACUAAACAGAUAGUGGAGAUUCUGACCGCGUACGCCAGCGCUGUAGGAAUAGGAACUACUCAAGUGCAGCAAGAGUUGUGGAUAGCAGCAGUCUCCAGGUCCCAAAUGAGUUGUCCCACCAGUUUUAAAGUAACUUGCUUGAACUCAGUGCAGAAGAACAGAUCAUUUAACAGAAAAGGGAAAUAAAAAGGCUUGAAGUCAGGCAAAUUAUUUUCAUCAGGUCCAGUGGUCAUCCUCCCAAAUCACAGGUCUGUGCUUGCCUGGUUACCUUCCCUUGCCUUAUCCUUGGGGCCCUGAGGUCUGCAGGGAGCAUGAGAAAGCAAAGGCUGGGGCAGGGAGGAGGGUCACCCAGCCACUCCAGCUCCUACCUGUGUUGAUGAGGUGACAUGGUUUCUUCCACUAACUUGUCAGUUUACUGUAGGGAUUCUGGGGUGGGGUUAUGUGGCAAGAGUCAGUGAAGAGGCCAUUGUGGAAAUACACUUGGUACCCAAUAGCAAAGAUUAGGGAAGAAGUUCUGCCAUGACCUUUAAUCCUCUGGGACAUAAAGGUUCAAGAGUCUUGGCUCUGAAAAAUGUUCUUGGCCUUGAUGUUGAGCAGUUCUGAUUACUUUUAUGUCCACACCUGGGCAGGUUCAGCUGGAGAGCGCUUUUUAAAUAGGCUCCUGCCUGAAUUGGGUUGGAGGCUUAUUUACUGCCCACACCCUGUGGCCUUUCCUUGCCCCACGUCCUACACAUCACCCUACAUCAGCCAAGCCAGAUAAUACCUGAUUCUCUGACAAAAUGGCUAGUGUGCCUUUAAAAUCCAUUCUGCAUGAUUCUAUAAAACUAGCCCGGCCCAGCCUUGCAUCUAGGCCUUGUAACAUUCCAGUGUUUUUCCAGGUUUGACAACUAGCAGUAAAACAUGUGUAUCAUGCUCUAAUACCUUUACUGCAUAUACGUCUGUCUGUGUUGUAAUAUAAAAGUGCACCAGUGUCAUGAAAUUGCACAUCUGCUUAGGUUUAUGGAUCCAUUUCAGUGAGAAAUUCUGUUCUUCACCCAAAGUUCAACCCCGCAGUUUGAAAUCAGACUGCUUCUACCCUACUUCAUAGACUGUAGACACACCACUGACCAGACACCCUAACUCCUUUCCUCUCAGCCAGCUGCCUGGUGUAAGAAGUAGAUCCUAAAUGAGUAAGGUAGUGACAGUAAGAUGUUGGCCACUAAAAUCAGUUCAGCAUUUGCUGAGCACCUGAGUGUCAGGUUUGAGUUGAUUCUAAAGACAUUGGCUGUCAAGCCUUUAGCUUGAACAGUUAGAGCUGUAAUAUGACUUUGUUGGGAGUACCCACAUGUUCUAUUGAACCAAAAAUCGAAUUUCUAAUUUCCACACAAACUCUGAGAAAGCAAUAGAUGAGUUCUUGCAGAUGUAUUGGACUGCUCCCUUCCUCUUCUCGUUUGCUCCUUGUUUGGUUUAUCCUGUUCCUUCAGUUUUAUGAUCUUCAGUUCCCAUUUACAAAGGGCUGUCUUCUGAUGAUAAACAUGGUUGUUUUAGAUGCCUCUCCAUGCUUACAUGGUUAAAUCAGCAAAUACCCCUUUAAUGUCUAGGGUUUUUUUAAAGCUUGGUCUGGUUCUUUGAAUUAUAAUUUAAACCUUUCCUUCUCAUAUCUGUUUAAAAUGCUGAACUGAGUUUCAGGUUGUAUGUGGAACUUUUCCUACAUGUGCAUCAGCUGAGAAAUGUUUUAUAGAUACUGUUCUACAGUGGGUCUUAAAAAAGCAAAGGGUUCCCCUGUACCUCUAAGAAGUAGUUCUAGCAAAUGCCUUUCAAGAAUGCAGUACUGGAGUUGUGUAAGUGCACAUGGUGCCAAGGAGCAUAGACAGACACAAAGACCAGUAGUGAAGACCGACAGAAUAGCCCUGUAAUGGUCAACAUUAGAUUUUAUAAGGGAAACCCUUCUCAUAAAAACCUUUUCCACAAGCUUAUGAACAUAGGGAUGGGAUCACAGAGCAUAGAGAAUACUGGAGCUGGGAACAAAAGCCAAAAACAAAAGUGAUUAUCACUGUUGGCAUGUAAAAACAUCUUUUAUUGAUAAUAGAGGUUAAGACUAUGGUGAAAUAAACAUUUACAAA